CUGCCGGCCUUGGUGGAGGUGAGGAAAAAAUGUCCAGCAGCUACUCGAAGCGCAUGGACGAGCUGCGGCGGUCCUUCAAGCUUGGCAAAACCCGGCCCACCAGCUAUCGUGUCGAGCAGCUCAAGGCCAUGGACCGAUUUCUCGCCGACUACCACGACCGUUUUGUGGACGCCCUCAAGGAAGACCUCAACAAGAACAAGUUCGAAAGCAUUCUCUUCGAAAUCCAAUACACUCGCAAUGAAAUUAAGGGGACGCUCAUGGAGUUGGAGAAGUGGGUCAAGCCUGAAAAAGUGAGUACAAUGUUGGUUUCAAUAUUUUUGCUUCUUUAA